AUGCCAUCCGAGAAUGAGGGUAGUGUAGAAGAAAAGAGAGCUGUAGAGGAGGAAUUAGUCGAAGAAGAUGAGACAGUGCAAAUUUCUACUCCACCUAAGGAGAACACGACUAUACAUUCAACUACACCACCUACAGCUCACACUCCAGCUGAAGUGAGGAUCCCUUAUCCUCAACGUGUUCAGAAGAAGAAGACAGAUGCUCAGUUCUCGAGGUUCUUAGACAUCUUCAGGAAGGUGAACUUGAAUAUCCCAUUGGUGGAGGCACUUCAAGAAAUGCCUACGUAUGCAAAGUUCCUAAAAGAUGUGCUCUCCAAGAAGAAGAAGUGGACUGACUAUGAGACGGUGAACAUAUCUGAAAACUGUAGUGCCAUAAUUCAGAAAAAGCUACCGACCAAGCUUAAAGAUCCUGGGAGUUUCAACAUCUCAUGCGUCAUUGGAAAGGACAGACAGACAAAUGCACUUUGUGAUCUGGGGGCGAGCAUAAAUUUGAUGUCAUUAUCGUUUUCAGAAAGAUGA